AUGACAAUAACCAAACAGAGAUGUCCUCGCAACCCUGACGACUUCCCUGCUGGCCAACUCUUUCUUCUGGCUAUCGUCCGCCUCGCCGAACCCGUCGCCCUGACUUCCAUCUUUCCAUACGCCUGGCCCCUUGUAAAAUGGUACCAAGUUGGAAAGGAAGAAGAUGCGUCCUUCUACGCGGGCCUCCUGAUCUCGUCCUUCGCCCUCGCUGAAGCCCUCACUGGCAUGCACUGGGGAGCCCUGUCGGACCGAGUUGGCCGAAAGCCCGUUCUGCUGCUUGGGUGCCUUGGAACACUCUUCAGCAUGAUUAUGGUGGGGUUCGCGUCGAAUAUGUGGUUCGCGCUUUUCGGAAGGGCACUCGGGGGGCUUCUGAACGGCAAUAUCGGCGUCAUCCAGACGAUGGUGGGCGAACUGGUGACGAAGCCAGAACACGAGCCCCGAGCCUUCUCCGUCAUGCCCUUCGUUUGGUCCAUUGGGACUAUCAUCGGACCCGCCAUCGGAGGGACUCUUGCGAACCCUCAUCACGCCUGGCCAACCCUCUUCCCCGAAGGAUCCCUUUUCCACAGACUGCCAUAUCUUCUCCCAAAUCUUGUGUGCGCCCUGCUUCUACUCAUCAGUGUCGUCUUGGGCUACUUCCUGCUGGAGGAGACCCACCCUGACCUGCGACCCCGUGAUGUCGUUUGCCCCGAGGUUACCUACACCUCGGAAGAGAUGCCCCUUAACGAGACUUCGGAUGCCGUUAAGCGACCAGCUGUUGAUGUUCGAUCUGGUACAUAUGGAACCUUCAAUGAGUCUGACCCACCCCCCAGCCCUGCCGUAGAAGUGUGGGAAAAGCGAGAGGACUUGACCUCGCGGCGCAGCGUAUUCACCAAGCCCAUCGUGGCGCUGGUGAUUGCGCUCUCCAUCUUUACCUACCACUCGAUGACGUACGACCACCUACUGCCCAUCUUUUUCGAAGACGAUCGGGUCGUUCCUCAGACCAAAUCCGUCGUGAACGUGUUUGCCACUCCCCUGUCCUCUAUUCUCUACUCUCCUGGAGGCCUUGGAUUUACUGUGAGAACUGUUGGAGUGAUUAUGGCCGUCGACGGUGCCAUUGCCCUCUUCAUCCAGGCCAUCGUGUUUCCCCUCGCUGCCGCUUGGAUCGGCAUCCACCGCCUCUUCGUCAUUGUGGCAGUUCUCCAUCCGAUUGCCUACGUGAUAGUACCCGGACUCCUCUACGUGCCCCAGUCCCUGCUCUUCCCCGCCAUCUACCUUUGCCUGACCAUCCGGAGUCUGUUCGCCAUCAUCCUAUAUCCCCUUCUCCUAAUCCUGAUCAAGGACGCUGCUCCGUCCCGCAAAGCCCUGGGAAAAGUGAACGGACUGGCCGCGAGCGCUGGUGCAGCCUGCCGGAUGAUCGCCCCACCCAUCGCGGGGCAUCUUUACGGUGUCGGAAGCAAGAUGGACUGCACUGCCAUUGCGUGGUUCGGAAGUGCCCUUGUGGCGAUCAUGGGAUCGUUCCAGUGCUUCUCUGUUGAACGGCGCCGGAAUCCGGCUGGUGAUGAAGAGGGUGAGAGCCGCGGGAGCCGCGGGAGCCGUGAACUUUGCCGUCCUUCGCGUGACGAAGUGCGAGGUGAGGAAUGA